CCGCUUGCAUCGCCGCGCCUGCCUCCCGGACCCCGGCCAGGGGCGCUGCUCCCGCCUCGCUCCUCCGACCCCCCGGCCGCCUGGACGGCGCCCCCACUUCGAGCCUGCCCCGCCGAGCGUCCCGGGAUGAGGGCUCCCAGCGUGGGUGCCGGCCGAGCCCCCGGUCGCUAAGGGGCCCCGGCGAGGCGCGGAGAUGGGGGUGCGCGCCUGGCCCCCUUUUCUAGAAUGGCCUGCCCUGCUCCUUCUGCCCUCCCUGCUGCUGCCUCUUCUGGGCCUCCCGGUCCUGGAGUCCCCGCCAUGCCACAUCUGUGACAGCCAAAUCCUGGAGAGGUACCUCCUGGAGGCCAAGGAGGCCGAGAAUGUCACGGCGGGCUAUGCAGACAGCUGCGGCUUGAGUGAGAAUAUCACAGUCCCGGACCCCAAGGUUAACUUCUACACCUGGAAGAGGAUGGAGGUUGGGCAGCAGGCCCUGGAGGUCUGGCAGGGCCUGUCCCUGCUCUCAGAGGCCAUCCUGCGGGGCCGGGCCUUGUUAGCCAACUCCUCGCAGGCGUCGGAGACCCUGCGGCUCCACGUGGACAAAGCUGUCAGCAGCCUGCGCAGCCUCACCUCCCUGCUCCGGGCGCUGGGAGCCCAGAAGGAAGCUGUCUCCCUUCCAGAUGCAGCCCCCACUGCUCCACUCCAAACAUUCACUGUUGAUACUUUGUGCAAACUUUUCCGAAUCUACUCCAAUUUCCUUCGGGGAAAGCUGAAGCUGUACACAGGGGAGGCCUGCAGGAGAGAGGACAGGUGACCUGAUGUCCCCCGCAGCCCCAGGGCACACCCACCGCCUGCCUCGCUUACCACCCCUGCCUGUGCCGUGCCUUUCUCACCACCACUCCCAGUGCCUUUUGCAGGGCCAUCAGCUCAGUGCCAGCCUGUCCCAGGGACACUCCAGUGCCAACGGUGACAUCUCAGGGGCCAGAGGAACAGUCCAGAGCUCACCUCGAGAUCGGAGGAUGUCACAGGGCAAGUCUGAGGCCCCAGAGCAGGAGGAAUUCAGAGGUUAGCCUUCAACUCAGGAAUGGAACUUUGCUGGGGACGUGACACAUAAGCUCAUCGCCAUGCCUGGCAGAAUUGAUGCCACAACAAGCUUUGGAGGGGAAAUGCGUCUUUUUGCACCCACCAAGCAGGGCCAGGAUGGACUGGAGAAUUUAGUCGGCGAGCCAGGAAUCUUCCCGGCCCAAUGGGGACUCCUACAACAGCAAGCACCCCCUGGACAAUGGGGGUGAUGGGAGCUGCAAAAAUGGGAUAGGGGCUGGCCCCUGGCUGAUGUGCGGCCCGGCCUUUCUGUAUUUUAUCAAUCACACUGGCAAGAACCGA